AUGUCAUCCAAAUAUGUCGUAUUUCAAGGUCACAUAAAUUUUAGACAUAGAAUAGUGAUGGCUACCCUUCAUGGCAAACCUAUUAAGAUUGAAAAGAUACGCUCCGAUGACCUGAAUCCAGGUCUAAGAGAUCAUGAAGUUUCAUUUUUAAGACUGAUCGAAGCUGUAACGAACGGAACUGUUAUAGAGAUUUCCUAUACGGGUACAACAGUUAUUUUUAGACCUGGAAUUAUUGUCGGCGGCUCAUACACACAUAAUUGUCCUAAUGUAAAACCCGUUGGCUAUUUCAUCGAACCUUUACUUUUCCUGGCACCAUUUUCUAAGAAGAAGUUUUCUAUUGUUUUUCGUGGUGUUACAGCAUCUCAUGAUGAUGCAGGUAUCGACGCCAUAAAAUGGGGAUUGCUACCGGUCAUGGAAAAGUUCGGUGUCAGAGAAUGCGCAUUGCAUACAUUGAAAAGAGGUUCCCCACCACUUGGAGGAGGUGAAGUACACUUGGUUGUAGAUUCUCUAAUUUCACAACCAGUCACAAUGCAUGCAAUAGAUAAACCUUUAAUUUCAUGCAUUAGAGGAGUUGCUUAUUCCACUAGAGUCAGUCCGUCUAUGGUAAACAGAAUGAUCGAUGCUGCAAAAGCAGUACUAAAGAAAGUUCCCUGUGAGGUGAACAUUACUGCUGAUGUAUGGAGAGGUGAGAACUCAGGGUUAAGUCCGGGCUGGGGGAUAACAGUAGUCGGCGAGACGAAGAAAGGCUGGAGAUAUUUUGCAGAGGAGAUUGGUGGUGCUGGUGAUAUUCCGGAAGAUAUUGGAACGAAAGUUGCCUACAAACUACUAGAGGAAGUGAGUAAAAGUGGGGCAGUUGAUAGAAACCAACUUCCGUUGGCAUUAGUAUAUAUGGUGAUUGGUAAGGAAGAUAUUGGUAGAUUAAGAAUUGCGAAAGAGCAAAUAGAUGAGCGUAUAAUUGCAUUAUUAAGGGAUAUAAAACAAAUCUUUGGUAUUGAAGCGUUUAUGAAAAAUGUGGACGAAGCAGACAGUGAUGAUAUGAUUGUAACGAUAAAAGGUAUAGGAUUUACGAAUACCAGUAAGAAAAUUGCCUAA